AUGGUUUUCGAUUCGACGCUCAUCGACCAUCUAUCCCCGGAGCAAUUAAACGCGUACGAACUGCUCUCCUGCAGCCAAGCUGUCCCGAGGCCCGGUAGGAAUAAGGAAUUGGCCCUGCAACUCCUGAUGGAAAACAAGGGAAACCUCGAGGCGGCCGUGAUGGAUUUGUUACGCUCGGACACGCUGGACUGGGAGCAGUACCGUAGCAUCUACGACUCGUACUAUCCGGAUACGACACCGUGGAGUGCGGAGGAAAUUCUCUCGUUCCAAGAUGCGCUUUAUAAGACGGAAAAGGACUUCCACCAAGUGGCGCAAGAGCUAACCAACAAGACCGUCCGCGAAUGCGUCGAAUUCUACUACACCUGGAAAAAAGCGUGCCCCGACGACUACCGGAAACUACGGAAUUUGCGUCGAAAACGCCAGCUCUUGGAGAUUCAUCAGCAGAUGGAAACCGAGCGUGACCCAUGCCCGAUACCGGCAAAACAGAGGAAACUCUCGGAAGAUGAUACUGAGGGUGGAUCCGAGUGUGAUACUGACGCCACUUCACCCGGGUCAUAUUCGGCUAUUCAUGCUUCUUUGGAACCUAGAUCGAGGCAAAAUUCCUUCAUGCAACAAUCCCCAAGCAGCUCGAUGACGCCGAUCCGGAAAACGUCCGAUCUGGCGGCUCCGCAUGUUCCGAUGCAACAAAUGCACAGCCCCUCUAUUCCCCAUCAUCACCACCCGGGUUCCAGCAAGCAGCCGAACACGCAACCCUCAGCCCGGCACGGUUCCGUGUCGUCCGGCUCGAAGAAGGGCGCCCAACCGUCAGCAGACGGCUUCUUCCACUGCCGGCUGUGUGACAAGUGUUUCGAGAAGGUUAAAUCACUGAACGCCCACAUGAAGAGCCACGCGAUGAAGGCGAGGGCAGAAGCCGAGGCUCAGGCCCAAGUACAGGCGCAGGCCGCCAGCAGCCCGCUGAAUUUGAAUGCGAUCGCCGCCCAGAAUCUGGCGACACAGGCGAUCGAGCAGCAGCUCGGCUUCAACCCUGCGGCUUUUCAGCCCGGCGCCCUGAAUUUGCCCUUCUCGUCGAUUAUUCAU